AUGAACCGAAGAAGCUUCUGUGAUUGGCCUCAGGCCAUUCGGAAAACGGGGCGCCGUGAGUCGUUGCGCGACGUCGUAAACGCCUACAAAAACGGCUCAUCUGAAGCUGAAGACGUUGGCAAAGAUGAAGACGUUAUCAUCCAGAUAUACUCAGUUCAUAGGAAAUGUCUUCCUAACGACUGCACCCGACCUGUUCGAGGUUCGCGUCCUUUUCUUUGAAGGAUUCAAAGUCGUAGGUCUUUUAGUCUCCAUUGAUGAAGUCUCAUUACAGUUUCUGAGUUUUAUGAAAAAUAAACAGUAAAGUUUGUGAGAAAUACAAGAGAAAGUUUCAUACAUAAAUCGAAUCAUUUUUCAGCUGUUCAGAAAAACUUUGAAACAGUAAUGUGGUGGAACAAGUGGUUGAACGGAAUGAGGCGGAAAACGAUGGGAAGGUCGUAUAAAGAAAAUCCUGGCCACAUGGCGAUUUAA